AGUUCGUUUUCUUCCUCAAUCUAGUUUACGAGUUGAGCAGAGGUGGGAAAACGAGAGGCCAGCAGCAUCAUGUCCGGAGUGGCAUCCACACUGGCCAAGAAGAGAGCUCUGGCAGCAGGGUUUGGCACGAAUGCAAAUGCAGUGAAGUACCUGAACCAAGACUUCGAGUCGCUGCGGAGUCAGUGCCUGAGCCGCGGACAGUUAUUCUGUGACACCACCUUCCCUGCCGCACCUGAAGUCCUCGGAUUUAACGAGCUGGGACCACGGUCUUCCAAAACCAGAGGAGUGCAAUGGAAAAGACCUGGGGAACUGACAUCCAAUCCUGAGUUCAUUGUUGGAGGAGCCACACGAACUGACAUUUGCCAGGGGGCCUUAGGUGACUGUUGGCUCUUGGCAGCCAUUGCUUCCUUGACCCUGAAUCAGGAUGUCUUGGCAAGGGUUGUUCCAUCUGACCAAGGCUUUGGCGAUGACUACGCCGGCAUUUUUCACUUCCAGUUCUGGCAGUUUGGGGAGUGGGUGGAUGUGGUGAUUGACGACCGUCUGCCCUCCAGAGACGGAGAGCUGCUGUUUGUUCACUCAGCGAAUGGCUCAGAGUUCUGGAGCGCCCUGCUGGAAAAAGCCUAUGCUAAAGUGAAUGGGUGCUAUGAGGCCCUGUCGGGAGGCUCCACCACUGAAGGCUUUGAGGACUUCACUGGGGGGAUAGCGGAGCAGUACGAGCUGAGGACCGCUCCAUCCAACCUGUUCCAGAUCAUCCGGAAGGCCCUGGACUCAGGUGCUCUGCUGGGCUGCUCCAUAGACAUUACCAGUGCCUCAGACUCAGAAGCCGUCACCUAUCAGAAGCUGGUGAAGGGACACGCUUACUCACUGACUGGGGCUGUAGAGGUGGGAUAUCGAGGGCGUAGGCAGAGGCUGGUAAGGGUGCGUAACCCAUGGGGAACGGUGGAGUGGACAGGAGCUUGGAGCGACAGUUCUUCUGAGUGGAGCCAUGUCGAUGACUCAGAGCGUGAGAGCGUGAAGGCAGAUGACGGGGAGUUCUGGAUGGCAUACAGUGACUUCAUGAAGCACUACUCCCGGCUGGAGAUCUGCACCUUGACCCCUGACACUCUGACCUCUGAUGACCUGAAACACUGGAGUGUGUGCAAGUUCGACGGAAACUGGAGGAAAGGCUCCACUGCUGGGGGCUGCAGGAACAACCCCUACACCUUCUGGAUGAACCCUCAGUUCAAAAUCACCCUGAAUGAAGAGGACGAUGAUCCAGGUGAUGAUGAGGUGGGCUGCAGUAUCGUGGUGGGCCUCAUUCAAAAGAACCGCCGCAAACUGAGGAAGGUUGGCGAGGACAUGCACACUAUUGGCUACGCCAUCUAUGAGGUGCCCUCUCAGUUCCAUGGGCAGACUGAGGUCCACUUGGAUAAGAACUUCUUCCUGAGCCAUGCCCAGACGGCCCGCUCUGAGACGUUCGUCAACCUGAGGGAGGUCAGCACGCGCUUCAAGCUGCCUCCGGGAGAGUACCUCAUCGUGCCCUCCACCUUCGAGGCACAUCAGAACGGGGACUUCUGUGUGCGUGUGUUCUCAGAGAAACAGUCAGAGAUGCAACCAUGCGAUGAUCCUGUAGAUGCUGAGCUGGACUAUGACAUUGUAUCUGAAGAUGAGGUGGAUGCUGGAUUCAGGGGAUUGUUUGCAAAGCUUUCAGGAGAUGACGGGGAAAUUUCUGCAACAGAGCUGAAGACGAUUUUCAACAAGAUAGUUGCCAAAAGAACAGAUAUCAAGACAGAUGGCUUCAGUCUAGACACAUGCAGAACUAUGGUCAAUCUCAUGGACGACAGUGGCAAUGGCAAACUAGGCAUUGGAGAAUUUGCCACACUUUGGAAGAAAGUUCAGAAUUAUCUGACCAUCUAUAAAAAGAAUGACUUGGACGGCUCUGGAUGCAUGAGUACACCAGAGAUGCGCAUGGCCUUGAAAGAAGCAGGUUUCACCUUGAACAACUGUAUUCACCAGAUUCUGGCAGCACGUUAUGGAGAAUCAGACAUGACCAUUGACUUUGACAACUUUGUGUCCUGCGUGAUGCGCUUGGAGAUGAUGUUCAAAGCGUUCAAGAAGAUUGACACAGAAGAAAGUGGCUCUAUUGAGCUGGACUUCUUCCAGUGGAUGUCCUUUGCCAUGGUGUAGAGGACUCCAAAGUCAUAUGACAACAACCCUUCAUUUUUAAAUUCAGUAUUUCAUUCCGGAAUUAGAACUACAACUAAUUCAGUGUCAAUGUCUAAACUUGUUUUAAUUUUUAUUUUAUCAGAUGUGUGUAUUCUUUCUGGUGUUUUGGUGGGACUGGCCCUUUCCAACAUUAAAGCCAGUAUUUGUAAACAUAAA